GCCCCGGCCUCGCCAUGGGGCACAACGGCAGCUGGGUCUCCCGGAACGCCAGCGAGCCGCGCAACGCGUCGGGCGCCGAGGCGGCGGGCGCCAACCGCAGCGCGCUCGGGGAGCUGGGCGAGGCGCAGCUGUACCGCCACUUCACCACCGCCGUGCAGGUCGUCAUCUUCAUAGGCUCGCUGCUCGGAAACUUCAUGGUGUUAUGGUCAACUUGCCGCACAACCGUGUUCAAAUCUGUCACUAACAGGUUCAUUAAAAACCUGGCCUGCUCGGGGAUUUGUGCCAGCCUGGUCUGUGUGCCCUUCGACAUCAUCCUCAGCACCAGUCCUCACUGUUGCUGGUGGAUCUACACCAUGCUCUUCUGCAAGGUCGUCAAAUUUUUGCAUAAAGUCUUCUGCUCUGUGACUAUCCUCAGCUUCCCUGCCAUUGCCUUGGACAGGUACUACUCAGUCCUCUAUCCUCUGGAGAGGAAAAUAUCUGAUGCCAAGUCCCGGGAACUGGUGAUGUACAUCUGGGCCCAUGCAGUAGUGGCCAGCAUUCCGGUAUUUGCAGUGACCAAUGUGGCCGACAUCUAUGCCAUGUCCACCUGCACCGAAGUUUGGAGCAACUCCUUGGGCCACCUGGUAUACGUUCUGGUCUAUAACAUCACCACGGUCAUCGUGCCUGUGGCUCUGGUCUUCCUCUUCUUGAUACUGAUUCGACGGGCCCUGAGUGCCAGCCAGAAGAAGAAGGUCAUCAUAGCCGCGCUCCGGACUCCACAGAACACCAUCUCUAUCCCCUACGCCUCCCAGCGGGAGGCCGAGCUGCACGCCACGCUGCUCUCAAUGGUGAUGGUCUUCAUCUUCUGUAGCGUGCCCUACGCUACCCUGGUUGUCUACCAGACUGUGCUCAACGUCCCUGACACUUCCGUCUUCUUGCUGCUCACCGCCAUCUGGCUGCCCAAAGUCUCUCUGCUGGCAAACCCUGUGCUCUUUCUUACUGUGAACAAAUCUGUCCGCAAGUGCUUGGUGGGGACCUUCGUACAGCUACACCGCCGGUACAGUCGCCGUAACGUGGUGAGCACAGGCAGCGGGCUGGCCGACGUCAGCCUGGAGCCCAGUGUGCGCUCGGGAAGCCAGCUCCUGGAGAUGUUCCACAUUGGGCAGCAGCAGAUCUUUAAGCCCACGGAGGAUGAGGAAGAGAGCGAAGCCAAGUACGCUGGCUCUGCUGGCCUCCAGGCCAAGGAGAUACUCAGCACCUGCCUGGAGAGGGAGCAGGGGCCACAGUCUGCACCCCCUGUGCCACCCCUGGGCACUGUGGACUCUGUAUCCCAGGUGGCUUCAGCGGCCCCUGUGGAACCUGAGACAUUCCCUGGCAAGUAUUCCCUGCAGUUUGGUUUUGGUCCCUUUGAGUUGCCUCCUCAGUGGCUCUCAGAGACCCGAAACAGCAAAAAGCGGCUGCUGCCCCCCUUGGGUAACACCCCAGAAGAGCUGAUCCAGACAAAGAUGCCAAAGGUAGGCAGGGUGGAGUGGAAGAUGAGUAGAAACAAUAAAGUGAGCAUUUUCCCAAAGGUGGAUUCCUAGCAAGGAUCGAAAAUCCCUGGGAACAGGAGGGAGCUCGCCCACUCCAGUCUGCCCUUCACUCUGGCCCUGUGAUGUGUAUGAUCUCACUGCAACCAGAAUGGGUUGACUUUUCCUGUCUGGGCCAGAUGCUUUUGAGUGAGAGGGAAAUCUAUAUAAAAUCAAUGUCUUUUUUAUUGAGGGAGUAUAUAUAUGUUUAUCUCAGUGAUUCAUGUCCUUAGUAAAGUCCAUGUUCCUCUUUGUGGAGACAAAAGUUGGGCAUUGUGGACCGGGUCUUGGGGUGGGUACCCCAUGUGUGUUUUCUGGGGAUCCUCAGUUCUCUGAGUCCAGCAGAGAAUACACGGAGAGAAAAAGCAUCCAUGAGCUCAAAGGAGCAGGGCCACCCCAAGGGAAGCCAAGAUAACUAUGGAGUGGUGUGGGCACAAAGAAAAUGCCUAUUUGAUGGACUUAGGUAUGAUUGAUCUGUACCUUCAGGGAAGUCAGGGACUUGGCAUUUGACACCUUCACUUUGGAAGGCCCGGUCAUAUGUCUCGCAGUUUGUCCCGAUGCCUAUCAUCCCUUUCACUGGGAUGUGGAUAAGGAAUGGCCCUUCUGCCCCCAUUUGACAGACAUGGCAAUAGAUGUGCCUCGUGGUAAGUGAGACGGUCUAUCCUUGGUUAUCCUGACAUCCCCAGGCAUCGCUGUGGCCUCAGAAAGACACGUCUGCAGUUUUGGUUGGAAAAUACUGCAAGCUCUUUACUGUGUCUUUUCCCCCUUGUUUUAUUUGUUUUCAACAAAUGGGAGAGAAGCCUCGAGGGGGAGACGAAAGACACUGUAGUCUUGUCCACACACUGUAGUCUUUUCUCUUCCCACUUGAUCUCACCUGAAAGGUGCUACCUAUCAGUCAUUAGAAGUAAAGUAUAUUGAAAACAAUGAUCUCAUGCCAACUUUUGUAAUUCAGAGGUAAUUUUAAAAUGCAAAGUUAGUGUAAACUGGGUCCCCUGGAAACAUCAAGCUAAAACUGCUUGAUUAGGAAAGUUGUUUCUGCCCAAAAGGGUGGGAAAGGCUGACAGAAAUGGUCCCCUUCUGAGGAGGGCUCCAGACACCGGCUGGCCAGUCUCAUUUUCAGUCCAUUUAUGCAACUGUGAUUUCUCCCUUCAUUUUGGACACAAAGGAGGAACAGAACAGGGAAAGAGAAUUAAUUGUAAAACGCCACGGCAACAUGUAGUAGCCCAGGUGAGCUCUCCAAUUCCUCUUCCCCAGGGAGGUUUUAGCAGGAGCCAGAGUGGAUGGAAGCGGGAAGACAGUGUCCUCAUGACUAGACCCCGGGGUUCAAGUCCCCUCGUGCAUUUCACCAGGCUGAAUUCAAACUGCAGAGGACACCUUACUCUUACUGAGUGCAAAUCAGGGGCCAGCGCUCUUCUCCAGGGCGUUCUGUUUCUGUUAAUAGCACGCAAGGGAGCCCGUCCAGUGCCUUGAGAAAGCCUGAAGGGAAGUGGGCCUGCUCACCGCAUCUCAAAGGCCAUCCUUUCCUCAAACCACACUGGUCCUUGUCCCUUGGAGGCAGCGCAAGACUGUGUAAGGAGUCGCCGUUUCCUCUCCUCUCCCGAGUGUGAUGUCUUGUAAAUCCUGAAUGUGACCCCAGACCCUUCCUCUGUGUUUCGUCUCCUGGAAGUGUUGUGUGCUCGGGGACUGCCACGCCCUCCCCAGGGCCUCUUCCUCCGGACCCUCUGUGCAUGCCCUCUGCAGCUCCUUGUCCUGAUAGUCAAUAUGUGGCCCUUCAAGCUUCUCUUUCAAAACCCUCACAAUUGUUACAACUUUCGUCAAGGGGAAACAUAAUCUGUCAGAAAAAUCGUGUCUACUUUAGAAGAAUCUGUCAAAUGUAGCCACUUUGGUGUCGUUCUGAUAAUAUGUGUGUACAACUGAAUAAAAUCGGAUGAGGCAGAAUUUGGUAGGUAUUUCUUCUGUAUGUUUGAAGCAGAUGGUUGACUUCUAACAGGUCAUUGUCAGGUGUAUUUCUAUACUCUCUGAAGCAUUACAUUUUAAUAAAAAAUUGAAAAGCAGU